CUGCCGCCCGGGCGCCGCCCCUCCCAGGGCAGCGCUUCCGCUUCCCGCGGGCGCGGCGGCCCCGGCGCUCCCGGCCCUCGGCGCGGGGCGGGAUGGCGAGUUACACCAAGGCCGCUCAGCAAUGGGCCACUUUUGGCAGAGCCUGGUACCUCCUGGAUGCGAAGAUGCAGCCCCCAGGAAAAAUAGCAGCUGCGACUGUGAUGAGACUUGAAGGCAAACAUAAACCUAUUUAUCAUGCACUAAAUGACUGUGGAGAUCAUGUUGUCAUAAUAAAUACAAGACAUAUUGCCUUCUCUGGUAACAAGUGGGAGCAGAAAGUAUAUUCUUCACACACUGGUUAUCCUGGUGGUUUCAAACAAGUGACAGCAACUCAGCUCCACUUGAAGGAUCCAACCGCUAUUGUUAAACUGACUGUUUAUAGAAUGCUUCCAAAAAACCUUCUGAGAAGAACUAUGAUGCAGAGGCUACACCUGUUCCCAGAGGAUGUUAUUCCAGAAGAUAUAGAGAAGAACCUUCUGCAAGAGAUUCCUCAGCCACGUGCAGUCCCCAAGAGGUUAGAUGAAUAUACACCAGAAGAAAUUGCUGCGUUUCCAAGGGUUUGGACUCCACCUAAAGAUUUUCGAUGGAAGUAAUAGCAAUAAGUGGAGAAGAAGUGCCAUCAGGAAUGUCUCUCCUCCUUGAAAGAAAAGUCUUCUAACAUGGAAGCAUCUGUGCAUCUCAGUCAACUCUUCUAUGCUGAAUGUUUCUAACAGCUGUUAGCAAACUUGAUUAGGCAAGAUUAUGAAAAUGAUUGUAUUUGAAACAGAUAAAAAUAGAUAUUAUCUUGUUAAUACCACCUGUACUCUGCAUUGUAUGAUCUGGUAUUUAUUAGUGACAUUUGGUUUGAUACUAUUAUUAAAAAAUUGAUACCUUUUUAAUAAAUAUUUGCAUCUCAUAGAAACAGUACAUUGAUUACUAAAAUGAAGUAUCUCACUCUAAAAGCUACAAAACUUGAAUUCUAUGCAGCAAGAGCAGUCAAUAAUUUUGGUCACCAGCCAUGGUUUUUCAUCCUCAAGCUUUGACCCAGCAUAGCUGAUUUCACUAAACAGCUUGUUGAAAUAACAGGCAGUAAAGGUGGAUUACAGGGAGAUACUCUUCCUUUUUUCCACCCUUCAGCACAAAUCUGAUUUUGAUUCAAGCCACCAGAACAUGAUUACUUACUUUAAAGAACAUACUACAGAACAAAGCAGCAACAUUUUUAUUAUGAAAACCAAGUGAGGAAACUGAACUUAAGUGUUGAAUGAUGCAAAAAAGUCUUAAAAAUUCCUUUGCUUUUGCAAGCUACUUCCCUGAAAUUCCUUACUGCUUUUCUGCAUGGAAAACCCUCAAGUCAAAUCUUUUGUGUAAGUAAGUGAAGCACCUGUUGUUUUCGGUGUUGUGGAAGAUGUUACCUGCAAAAUUUGGCAAUGUUUGGUGAGGAGAAUUUGAGUUUUCUAUAUUUGUUUUAUACAAGCAUCAUAUGGGAAGAAAAACAUUGGUUUGUUUAUAAUCAUAUUUCAUUACAUGAAAUAAUGGUUUGCUAUCAGGCAUUUCUUUGGCAUUCAGGUGGGCUUAUCCUAGGAAACAUUUCUACCCUGUGAAUACGCAGUCUGCAUUUCCAAGUUAGUAACAUUUCGUUAACAAGUGAAAGUAUUUUUAAAAGCACUAGGUUGCAGUAAAUGCUCUUUUCUGUCCAAGGACACAGUACAGAGGGUGUAUUGGUAAGAUAUGGGUGGCAUCAGCUAUUCAUUAUGUGCUGAAUACUCCAGUCAGCAACUUCAGUUCCUUAGGUGGUCUGGAAAAAAUACGAGACACUCUUGAUUAUUCAGAGACUGGAUUUUGGAGGAAAUUUUAACUGUCUGUGUCUUACUUUUUUUGGCAAACAUACAAAUCUUGAGUAAUACUUUUAUAAGUUGGUAGUGCCCACCAGUUAGUUACUUAUUAUUACCAAGGUACGCCCAGCAAGUGACUGUACGACCAAUGACACCAGAAGCAUUCUGGUCAGUGGGGUGCCAGUAAAUGGCAUUUUAGAUAUAAAGUUUAAACAAAUUAACUAACAGGAGGCUCAAAGUCUUUCUGAGACAACACAGGCAGAAUUGCUUGAAGGCUGAUUUUCCAUCAGUGACCUCAGUCACUUCCACAGGACCUGCAGGUCACCCACCGUGUCUCGGAGAGCACUCCAGACAGUGUCAGUACAACACAUGGGCAGGAGUGUGCCAGCCAGGGGAGGGCACAGGGAGUUCACAUUUGGGGUAAAUUAAUGUGGGUGUUCACAGCCAAGUACCAGUAGGGAAAUUAAUCCUGUGGCACAGGCAUUACCUGUAUUUAGCUGUAAUAAUAUCUUUCUGAAUGGCAGCUGUGUGUGCCAGGCUCUCCCUGCACAUGUGUGCAGAGAGCUGUGCUCACUUGGGGCCUCAGUGUUCUGUAAAAACCAGGGCUGAGCUGCUGAAGGAUGAGGUCCAUAAACUGCAUUAUAGUUUUCUACCACAUUCUACUUUAAAUGCAAGUGCAGGUAAGGAACUGACUCAGCUCACAUUCCAUCAACUUUUAUCACCUUUCUCCAAGAAAGUAGUGGGAGUUAGGGAUGAAAGAAAUUAUGGGAAAACAAGCACAGCCUACAAAGGUAUCCAGCCCCCAGGCAGGGCUUGCCCAUGGUUAAUCACAUGUACAAAUGGUGUGUGUUACUAAUGAGGUUGAAUUCUCGGUGAGAUAAUUGGAGAUUACACAGUAAAGGUACCUGUUAUCUUCCUCCUGGUGAACUAAGGGAGCUGCUGGGGUGGCCAGAGGUGAAACCUGACAAGUUUUUCUUAACUGAGAAUGGAGAGACCUGCAUGCAGGGAUGAGCAGGAAGACAGCCCUGGGAUGCACAGACCAGUCUCUCCAUCUCUGUAUGAGGCUGAAUUAGAAGUGCCCCAAACCCGUGCUUUCAGCUUAAAUGGCCAUUUUGAGCUAAGUCUUGCUUUGAUGCUUAGUCUUCAGUGCUGUUCAAAGCUGUUUAUUGAGUCACUUCAUAACUUACCUUGUUUAUUUGUAGAUAAGGAAUUGCUCUGUGCUCAAGUGAUUGGGUUGGCAUUUUUCCUUCCUCUUCCUCAUUAGCUGAUCCAAGUUGCCAUCCCAACUACACCUGCCAGUCUUUUGACUUUGGCAUGUCAAUAUGUGAAAUCUCACCUCCACAGAUGGUACAACCAACUCAUCGCACAGUUACUCUCUACAUUUGUCCAUAUAUAAUUUUAAAAAUAAGGCUAAAUAAUGUUUAUACUACGUACCCAAAAGUGUUGAAAAAGGGGAAUGUAUUUCUUUCUCAUUGCAAUCUGUCCCCUAAUCUAAUGCAACUGUUCAGAGUUAAAUGAAUACAGAAUUACCGUACAAAAGCCUGCCACUUUUAUUUGCAUACAAAACAGAAAUGAAAGAGGUUCACAAUAAAUUAUCAGUGUGCUCCCACAGAA